GAAGAAGGGGGUGAACAUCCUGGGCGCCCAGACCAGCGAGCCGCGGCAGUGGGACGUCCGGCAGGAGAUGGGCGGCGGCGGGAAGCACACAACCACCACGGUGCUGUGCCAGCGCCUGGCGCCCGGCGCGCGCAACAGAAGCAGCAGCUCGUUCAGCGAGGUCGUGCGGAUGAACUUUGAGAUAGCCAGCUUCAGCAGCCUGUCGGGGACGCAGCCCAUCACCUGGCAGGUGGAGUACCCGCGGACAGCCACCACGGACACGGCCGUGUCCGAGAUCUUCGUCAGCCAGAAGGACCUGGUGGCCAUCGUCCCCCUGGCCACGGUGUCUGAAGGCUGUGAUGACGUGUUUGUCAAUGGCAAAGAGAUAAAAGGCAAGGUGGACGCGGUGGUGAACUUCACCUACCAGCACCUGAGCGCCCUCCUGCACAUCACCGUGUGGGUACCCCGGCUGCCCCUGCAGAUCGAGGUCUCGGACACAGAGCUGAGCCAGAUUAAAGGCUGGAGGGUCCCCAUCGUGGCCAGUAAGAGGCCCACGCGGGAGAGCGAGGACGAAGACGAGGAGGAGCGGCGGGGCCGGGGCUGCGCCCUGCAGUACCAGCACGCCACCGUGCGGGUCCUCACCCAGUUCGUGGCCGAGGGCGCCGGCCCGUGGGGCCAGCCCAGCCACCUGCUGGGCCCCGACCUGCAGGUGGACGUCACGCACCUGGUCGCAGAUUUCAUGAAGUUGGAGGAACCUCGUGUGGCCACGCUCCGGGACAACAGGGUCCUGGUGGGGCGGGAGGUCGGGAUGGCCACCAUCCAGGUAUUGUCCCCGCUGUCAGACUCCAUCCUGGCAGAGAAAACGGUCACCGUGUUAGAUGACAAGGUGUCGGUGACGGAGUUGGCCAUCCAGCUGGUGGCCGGGCUAUCUGUCACCCUCCACCCCAGCGCGGAGGACAGCAAGACCGUCACAGCUGUGGCCACGGCUCAGGAGCUCCUUCGGACUCCCAAGCAGGAAGCCGUGGUCAGCACGUGGCUCCACCUCAGUGAUGGCUCCGUGGCACCCCUUGACAUCUACGACCCCAGGGACUUCGCCCUGACAGCCACCUCCCUGGACGAGGCUGUCGUGUCCGUCCCCCGGGCCCACUCCCCCAGGUGGCCGGUUGUGAUGGCCGAGGGGGAAGGCCAGGGGCCACUGGUGCGCGUGGACAUGACCAUCGCGGAGGCCUGCCAGAAGUCCAAACGCAAGAGCAUCCUGGCCGUGGGCGUGGGCAGCGUCAGGGUCAAGUUCGGCCAGAACGACGCCGACUCCAGUCCCGGCGGGGACAAGGACGAGGGCGAGAUCAAGAACCACGCCAGCGACCGCCGGCAGAAGGCUCAGGAGCCCGAGGGGCCCCCGGGGGGCCGCUCAUCCCUGGAGCGCGAGGAGGGCCCUCUCCGCAGGGGUGGCACCACGGCCCGGCCGCUGCCGGACAGCCGGGUGGUGACGAGCGGCCGGCUGGACGCCGGCAGGCCCUCCGGGGAGGGGCCCCUGCAGCGCAUCCCGCUGGACUUCACCAACUUCCCGGCCCGAGUGGACCUGCCCAGCGCGGGGGGCGGGCUGGGGGCCAGCGACCUGGUGCAGACGCCGCGGGGCCUGAGCGACCUGGAGAUCGGCAUGUACGCCCUGCUGGGCGUCUUCUGCUUGGCCAUCCUCGUCUUCCUCAUCAACUGCGCCACGUUCGCCCUCAGGUUCCGGCACAAGCAGGUGCCGCUGGAAGGCCAGGCCUCCGUGACGCACUCGCACGACUGGGUGUGGCUGGGCAACGAGGCGGAGCUCCUGGAGCCCGCGGCCGAGGGGUCCCCGCCGGGGGAGGAGCACACGACAGUCCUGGACCGCGGCCCGGGGGGCAGCGAGGAGAGCGGCCGGCUGCUGCUGGAGGGCGGCGCCCCGCAGCACGUGCACGGCCAGGUGCACAGGCCAGACCCGGGGGGCGGGCGGGCCAGGGACCCGAAGCCCGAGCCCCUGCACUCGCCCACCUCCAAAAGGAAGAAGGUGAAGUUCACCACCUUCACCACCAUCCUGCCAGACAGCGGCUGCCCCACCGUGGACUCCAUCCUGGGCGGCGGGGGUGAGGACAUCAAGUGGGUGUGCCAGGCCGCGGGCGCCCCCCCAGAGCUCAGAAACUACCUGGAGAAAUUCAAGGAACAGGCGUAGGCCCCUCGCUGGGCUCCGGGUCGCGUCUGGCUCCAGGAGGGCCCUGCCGUCAGGCCCACAAGUCCUGGAGCCUCAGAGAGGGGCCGCGGGUC